AUGGGAGACAUUGAAUCUAAUACCGAAAGAGUAAUCACUCCUAUUUUAGAGUUUGAAUACCUUGAGGUGCCUGAUACACCUGAACGGAACCUUUCAAUUUUAAACAGUGAAGACCCGGUCCUUUUCGCUCCGGACAGUGAAGAACCGAUUCUUUUUUCUCCAGACAACAAGGACCCGGUCCUUUUCGCUCCGGACAGCGAAGUUCCUUUCCUUUUCGUUCCAGAUAGCCAAGACCCAGUUCUUUUUGCUCCUGAUACAGAGGAUCAACUUCUUUUUGCUCCUGAUACAGAUGAUCAACUUCUUUUUGCUCCUGAUACAGAGGAUCAAAUCCAUGUUAUUCCCAAAGCUAUAGAUGAAAUCGCUGAAGAGACUCAAAGGAAAGAACAAAAUGUGCCAAAUGGGGUGGACGAUACACCUGACCCAUUUCUUGUCGAGUUUCCUAAUUUCCCAGAAGGAGUUCCCGAGAGCAUUCUUGUUAUGUAUCGAAUUUGGUUCCCUGAGCUUUUCCAAAUAAGGAAAAAUACACCAGGGAAACAAAGUCGAGGUACAACAAGCUUAAUGUUUCAAAUGCCUAUUGAAAUAUGGUCAUAUACUGAUAUCUAUUGUUUGCCAAUAUACAGAUGA